ACGCACACACGCGCGCGCACGCACACACGCUGCCCUGGUGAUUCAAGGCUGAUUUCCAGCGAGGGAGCGUCAGAGUGGAUGGCAAAAAAAGAGCGGAGCGGCAGGCGGACAAAGUUUGUGGCGCUGAAAAUAAAAAAGAAGCAAAAAGACAAAACGAAAGCAGCUUUUUUUGGGGGGGAGGAGGGGAGAUAGCGGGAGAGGCGAGCCGAGCAGAAGUUGCGCCCGGUGGCACACGAGAAGCGGCACAAUUGUUGAGACUUGACUCCAGAGGUGCACAAAAGAAGCGAACAAGAAGAAGAGGACUAACUCGCGAGCACGCUUUUGUCGUCUUCGCUUUUCGCUUUCAUUUUGUUGUCAUCGUUUUUAAGUUUUAUUUUUGAAGUUAUUUUAUUUUUUCUCUCUUGCUUUUUGUGUGUGUAUCUCUCGCUUCCCCACCGGCGUGUGGCCUUUUUUUUUUUUUUUGUCGCCGAGAGAGCUAGUGGACGCGCGAGGGGGCCGAGAGGAGCCGGAGCCGGGCUGCCCACAUGCUCCAACCCCUGGCGUGAAAGUUGACUUCUUCCCAACGCGAGAGAACAGGUGCCAGUGAUGAUGGUGGAAUCAGCCUCUGAGACCAUUCGAACGACACCGUCCAGCCAGAACGGAGUCAGCAGCCUCAGCAGCCAAUCAGACGGAGGAGGAGGGAGAGAGGGCGGCUCCAAUGGAGACACAAAUGGAGAGAUCAGCCCAGUAGAUCUACUGCACCUGCAACAGCAACAGGCUCUUCAGGCAGCCAGACAGUUCCUCCUCCAGCAGGCCUCUGGACUCAACUCCCCCGGCAGCAACGAGGUCAAACAGAGCCCCGUGCAGGUCCCUGUAUCCAUGGCUAUGAUGAGCCCCCAGAUGAUCACUCCCCAGCAGAUGCAACAGAUCCUGUCACCCCCUCAGCUCCAGGCCCUGCUGCAGCAACAGCAGGCGCUCAUGCUUCAGCAGCUACAGGAGUACUACAAGAAACAGCAGGAGCAGUUGCACCUGCAGCUUCUGACUCAGCAACAGCAGCAGCAGCAGCAACAACAACAGCAGCAGCAGCAACAGCAGCAACAGGCCGGAAAGCAAGCAGCAAAAGAGCAGCUAGGCAGCAAGCAGCUGGCCUUCCAGCAGCAGCUGAUCCAGAUGCAGCAGCUUCAACAGCAGCACAUCCUCAACCUCCAGAGACAAGGCCUGGUUCCCCUGCAGCCGACCGCCGCCAUGCAGUCCCUGCAGCAAGCGAUGUGUCCGUCGGACCUCCAGCAGCUGUGGAAGGAGGUGUCGGGUGUGCCGGGCAGCGACGAGGCCUUGAAACAAGCCGAGGGCCUGGACUUGAGUACCAACAGCUCUAAUUCUACCUCAGCCUUCCCCAAAGCGGCCAGCGCCCACAUGCCACUGCACAGCCUGCCCAAUGGACAGAGCCACACCCCAAAGAGAGACAGAGCCAGACUGUUUGAGUGGAUAUCCUCCUUCACCAAGGCAGACAGUGGCGAUGACCAUGCGCCCCCAUACUCCAAAGGCAGCCAACCCCCUACCAGCCAUCACGAGGAGCACGCCGGCUCCCAUCCUCUCUACGGACACGGGGAGUGUAAGUGGCCCGGCUGUGAAGCACUGUGCGAGGACAUGGGGCAGUUCAUCAAGCACUUGAACAACGAGCACGCCCUAGAUGACCGCAGCACUGCUCAGUGCCGAGUCCAGAUGCAGGUGGUUCAGCAACUGGAGAUACAGCUGGCAAAAGAGAGCGAGCGACUCCAAGCCAUGAUGACCCACCUGCACAUGCGCCCCUCAGAGCCAAAGCCCUUUAACCAACCUUUGAACCUGGCUUCCAGCGGCUCUCUUUUAAAGCGGGACAGCGACGUCUACCCAGAGGGUCUUCCUCACCCCCCCACCUCAGCCGCCACCCCCAUCACUCCACUGCGCCAGGGACCGUCGGUCAUCAGCUCCUCCAGCCUUCACACACAUUCCCACUCCCACGCGCACGGCGUCGGCCCCAUACGCAGGCGCAACUCCGACAAAUACUGCACCCCCAUCGCCUCAGAGCUGGCUCAGAACUGUGAGUUCUACAAGAACGCUGAUGUCAGGCCUCCCUUUACCUACGCUUCUCUUAUACGUCAUGCCAUUCUGGAGUCCCCUGACAGACAGUUGACUCUGAACGAGAUCUACAACUGGUUUACACGAAAGUUUGCCUACUUUAGGAGAAACACAGCCACGUGGAAGAAUGCUGUGCGCCACAACCUGAGUCUGCACAAAUGUUUUGUUCGUGUUGAGAACGUGAAGGGGGCCGUGUGGACUGUGGAUGAAGUUGAAUACCAAAAGAGGAGGCCACCAAAGAUGACCGGGAGUCCCACUCUGGUGAAAAACAUGAUUUCAGGCCUGGGCUUUGGAUCCCUCAACGCCAGCUACCAGGCGGCCCUGGCAGAGAGCAGCCUGUCCCUGCUCAACAGCCCUCCUCUGGUGACCCCGCCAUCUGCAGCCAGCCUCAACAUGUUGCACGUGGGCCAUGAUGAUGUCAGCUCCACGGUGGAGCAGGUCAACAGCAACGGCAGCUGCAGUCCCACCCUCAGCCCUCAGCAGUACAGCCACGCGGUGCACGUGAAGGAGGAACCCACCGAGAUCGAGGAGGACUGUCGGCCCGUCUCCCUCCUGGCCGGGAUCACACAUAACCUGCCGUUGCCGAGCGACGACCGCGACCUGGAGGACGACCUCCCCGCCGACGACCUGGAGUAAGACGGGAUCCGGGCAGAUGGGAUCGGAGGGGGCGGGGCUUAGUCAGAAGAAACUAUAGCAUCACUUCAGCCAAACGAGAGAAAGGAAAAGGAGAAAAAAAAGAAAACGAGAAUGUUUUGAUUUUGAUUUGUCGUUACGAGCAAGCAACCGAGGACGACAUUGAGAAACUCCAAACAGGGUUUUGAAGACCUCCGUUACUUUAAGUCUGUGGAGCUUUAACUUCAAGUCUCUUUCCACCAACACACACCUCCACACGUGCACACAUCCCCACCGGCGCACUCCUUUACUAGUGGAAGCCUCCUUUUGAAGACCCGAAGACUUCUUUUCCUCCUCACUCAGGCUGCCCGGCUAGCCGUGUAAGCCCACAUCAAGGAAAAACACACAUACACACGCGUGUGUGACCAUGUGUAUAUACGUAGAUUCGGAGCGUUCGCCAGGGGGCUGUGCAGUACAACACCUCGCCAUCACCCAAACGCACUUUGGAGUCAAUCCUUCAUCAGAUCCAAAGCAAACGUUUGGGGUUCAGGAUGGGAAAAGAGGACGAUGCUUUCAAAGAAUACCUCGGACUGCGCCCCAACACAUCCGGAGAACUAGCGUCUCCGCAUCUUUGCUUGUGAGAUAUUACAAAAAAAAGAAGAAGAAGAAAAAGACAAAAGCCACCCAAAAAGACUGCAAGAAAAAGGAACAUCCAGUGCUGUCUCUUCUCCUCUGCUUGGGAUGGAGAGAUGUGUUUGAAACACUCAUAGAAGAAAUUAGCCGGGAAGUGUCUAUAGAAAUAUUGUGACUUUUAAAAAAACAAAAAACAAAAAAAACAAAA